AUGUCCAACUCACUCGGCAGUGCUGUCGCUAACCUGCUCUCCUCGCUCACGGCCAUCGGAGCAUCGUUGAUCAACUCCAUUAUCGCCGUAUUCCAGGCUAUCUUUGCACUCUUCCAGGACGUCGCGGUCAGCAUCCUCCAGCUGGCGCAGGCCCUCGUUGCAUUUGCUGCGGGCCUCUUCCAAGGUGUACUUGGCUUCGUCGCAGCCAAUUUCCUUGCUAUCCUGGUAGUUGGUGGGAUCUACUAUUGGUACACUCGCAGUCGCACUACUAAGGGCAGAUCGGGGUCGGGCAAAUCUAUUGUUUCUGGUUGA